CUACCACCAUAUUGAAAAAUAAAUUAGUUUAUCGAUGAUGUGAUGUAUAGAGGAUGAAUAAGUUUUAGUGAUUUCGAAGUGGUAAAACAUUAAUGUAUAUUAGUGAAAAUGUCGGGGAAUUAUGGAAUGCAGCAAUUAAUCCCUGUAGUAAACAAAUUACAAGAUGCAUUCGUGCAAAUGGGAGUGCACAUGUCUUUGGAUCUUCCACAAAUUGCAGUUGUGGGUGGUCAAUCUGCAGGAAAAAGUUCGGUACUAGAAAAUUUUGUCGGCAGGGAUUUCUUGCCUCGAGGUUCGGGAAUAGUAACUCGGCGGCCCCUAAUUCUUCAGCUCAUACAUGGAAAUGCAGAAUAUGCCGAGUUCCUGCAUUGCAAGGGCAAGAAGUUCACGGACUUCAACGAGGUGCGUGGCGAAAUCGAGGCUGAAACGGAUCGUGUGACCGGCAACAACAAGGGCAUUUCUCCCGUGCCUAUCAACUUACGAGUUUAUUCUCCCAAUGUGCUGAACCUGACGUUGAUCGACUUGCCCGGGCUGACGAAGGUCCCCAUCGGUGACCAGCCGGUCGACAUCGAACAGCAGAUCAAGGCGAUGAUCUUCCAGUUCAUCCGGCGCGAGUCCUGCCUCAUCCUCGCUGUCACACCCGCUAACACUGAUUUAGCUAAUAGCGAUGCCCUCAAGCUUGCCAAAGAAGUUGAUCCCCAAGGUCUGCGGACGAUCGGCGUGAUCACGAAGUUGGAUCUCAUGGACGAGGGUACGGACGCGCGCGAUGUGCUGGAGAACAAGCUGCUGCCGCUGCGGCGCGGGUACAUCGGCGUCGUCAACCGCUCGCAGAAGGACAUCGACGGCCGCAAGGACAUCUCCGCCGCCCUCAACGCGGAGAGGAAGUUCUUCCUAAGUCACCCAUCGUACCGUCACCUCGCGGACCGACUGGGCACCCCGUACCUGCAGCGCGUGCUGAACCAGCAGCUGACCAACCACAUCCGCGACACGCUGCCCGGUCUACGUGACAAGCUGCAGAAGCAGCUCCUCGCUCUGGAGAAGGAUGUCGAGCAGUACAAGCACUUCAGACCUGAUGACCCCUCCAUCAAGACCAAGGCUAUGCUGCAAAUGAUCCAGCAGCUUCAGACGGAGUUCGAAAAGACUAUCGAAGGUUCGGGAUCGGCUCAGAUCAAUACUAACGAGUUGUCCGGAGGAGCUAAGAUCAAUCGGCUCUUCCACGAGCGUUUCCCAUUCGAGAUCGUCAAGAUGGAGAUAGACGAGAAAGAACUGCGGCGAGAGAUCGCAUUCGCCAUCCGAAAUAUACAUGGUAUCAGGGUGGGUCUGUUCACGCCAGAUAUGGCGUUCGAAGCCAUCGUUAAGAAGCAGAUCUCCCGGCUAAAGGAGCCUUGUCUCAAGUGCGUCGAUCUGGUAGUCCAGGAACUGUCCAAUGUUGUUCGUGUUUGCACUGAAAGGAUGUCCCGGUACCCGCGUCUGCGCGAGGAGACGGAGCGCAUCAUAAUGUCGCACGUGCGGUCGCGCGAGCAGCAGUGCAAGGAUCAGCUCGUGCUGCUCGUUGACUGCGAGCUGGCCUACAUGAACACCAACCAUGAGGACUUUAUAGGAUUCGCCAAUGCUCAGAAUCAGUCGGAGAAUGCAGCGAAAUCUGGUCACCGCACACUCGGCAACCAGGUGAUAAGGAAGGGCUACAUGUGCAUUCAUAACCUCGGCAUUAUGAAAGGCGGCUCCCGUGACUACUGGUUCGUGCUGACGUCUGAGAGCAUCUCGUGGUACAAGGAUGAGGAGGAGCGCGAGAAGAAGUACAUGCUGCCGCUGGACGGGCUCAAGCUGCGAGACCUCGAGCAGGGCUUCAUGUCGCGCCGGCACAUGUUCGCACUCUUCAAUCCUGAGGGCAGGAAUGUUUACAAGGAUUACAAGCAACUGGAGUUGUCGUGCGAGACACAAGACGACGUUGACUCGUGGAAGGCGUCGUUCCUCCGCGCCGGAGUCUACCCCGAGAAGACCUCCGAAGCCGCCAACGGAGAUGAGUUAUUUCUACCUCUUGGGUCGGCUGACAAUAAGAAAAACUCCGACAGCGCGGGCUCCAGCAGCAUGGACCCUCAGCUGGAGCGGCAGGUGGAGACUAUCCGCAACUUGGUGGACUCGUACAUGCGCAUCGUCACCAAGACCACGCGCGACCUCGUGCCCAAGACCAUCAUGAUGAUGAUCAUAAACAACGCUAAGGACUUCAUCAACGGAGAACUCCUCGCUCAUCUCUACGCCUCCGGUGAUCAGUCUCAAAUGAUGGAAGAGUCCCCGGAGGAGGCGCAGAAGCGCGAGGAGAUGCUGCGCAUGUACCACGCGUGCAAGGAGGCGCUGCGCAUCAUCGGGGACGUGUCGAUGGCGACAGUGAGCACGCCCGUGCCGCCGCCCGUCAAGAACGACUGGCUCGAGAGCCGCCUCGACUCCAACCCGCGUCUCUCCCCGCCCUCGCCCGGCGGACCGCGCCGCGCCACCCCAGUACAGCAAGGUUCGCUGGGACAACGCGGUGCUCCGCCGCCGCCCGGCGCGGGUACAGGUCGGCCCGCGCCUCCGCUGCCGUCACGACCUGGUGGUGCUGCGCCCCCGCCGCCCGCCGGACGCCCGCUGCCCUCGCAGGGCCUGCCCGCGCCCCUCAUACCCACGCGGCCGGGCAGUGGCGGUGCCGGCGCUGUGGCGGCGGGCAUGGGCCAGCUGCCGCCGCACAUGCGUCAGCAGAUCAACCAGGCGGUGGGCCAGGCCGUCACCAACGCCGCCAUCUCCGAGCUCAGCUCCGCCUUCGCCAGAUUCAACCGACCAGUCCCGAACGCCCCACCGAAGCUGCCCGAGCGGCCGCAGAACGGGCGGCCAUUUUGAACGCGCCUAAACUUCGCCGCCAUUUUGUGAUAGCACACUGUAAAUAUGUCAUCUAUGUUAUUAUUAUAUUUAAUAGCAAAAUAUUAUUAACAGAAACGGUUAGGAAAUUUAUAUAAGAACAGAAAUAGUCAAUAGUGUUGGCUUAGGUUAUAUUUUGUACCUUUUGUUAUGAAGCAUUUCUUCUUACUGGUAUUAAAAAAAAAAUGAAAACGGUAAAAUUAGAUAUAUGAGGCUUUAAAACACAUAUCGGUGUUUAUGUAUUUCAGUACAAGAAAUACAUAUAUUUACGACUUGAAUGAAAUUAGAUUUUUUUUAAUCUUUGACUAUUUUCCUAUGAUUAUCGUUGAGUGUUUAAUCAUUGUGUAUAAAUAAUUAUUUAAGAUUUUAAUAUUUAGUUUAAU